ACAGCUCCUUUCACCUCAUUCUACUUGUCAAGAAGGUAAAAAGGCACAGCCAGAAAGAAAAGAAGAAAGCUCAGCCCUCAGGUCCAGACAGGCGGUGGUCUGCGUGUGGCUUUGGGAGCUGGAGCUGCAGUACACCCCUUUGUAUCGGACAGCCUCGCAAAGGAGAAAGAGAGUUGGGAGGAAAAGUAUUUCAUCUAGGAACUGUCCUGGGAGCACACUUCAGAUUGCUUUUUAAAGCCUCUGCAUUCCAUCUCCAUGAGCCACCAUUGGAUUGCACAAUGACAUGGAGAAUGGGACCCAGUUUUACCAUGCUGCUGGCACUGUGGCUGGUGUGCGGAUCAGAACCCCACGCGCAUGCCAUGAAUAGAGGGAGCCACGGAGGGCAGAAAGCGCCUCCGGUUUCCCCCGUCAACAGAAGGCCAGCUCGGUUACUGAGGCACACGGGGAGGUCUCAGGGAAUUGAAAGAACCACUCCGGAAGAAGCAAACCGCCAGCCUCUCCAAAGAAGGAGGAGCGUACCGGUGUUGAGAGUGGCUCAUGCCACGGCACCGUCAGCCUCCCUGGGUAUCCACGGCGCCCCAGUGAGAACUGAGCGGAGACCGGCAGCCCGGAGCUCUCCCCGUGAGAUGGUCCGAGACGAGGGGUCUUCAGCUCGGUCAAGAAUGUUGCGCUUCCCGUCUGGCUCCAGCUCUCCCAACAUCCUUGCCGGCUUUGCAGGGAAGAAUAGGGUGUGGGUCAUCUCGGCCCCCCACGCCUCGGAAGGCUACUACCGGCUCAUGAUGAGCUUGCUGAAGGACGACGUGUAUUGUGAGCUGGCGGAAAGGCACAUCCAGCAGAUCGUGCUUUUCCACCAGGCAGGCGAGGAAGGAGGCAAGGUGCGGAGGAUCACCGCUGAGGGCCGGGUCCUGGAGCAGCCCCUGGACCCCAGCCUCAUCCCAAAGCUCAUGAGCUUCUUGAAGCUGGAGAAGGGCAAGUUUGGCAUGGUGCUGUUGAAGAAGACGCUGCAGGUGGAGGAGCGCUACCCUUAUCCGGUCAGGCUGGAGGCCAUGUAUGAGAUCAUCGACCAGGGCCCCAUCCGCAGGAUAGAGAAGAUCAGGCAGAAGGGUUUUGUGCAAAAAUGUAAGGCCUCCGGGGUAGAGGGCCAGGUGGUGGAGGAGGGGAACGAUGGUGGAGAGGCAGGAAGGCCAGGCCUGAGCAGUGAGAAGAGGAAAGGGGAGCAGAGGAGAGCACAAGUGCUGCCAACCAGAGAGAGUCGGCUGAAGGUGAUGAGAAAACCGGCCACGGCUGCGGGGGCCCCUCCUCCACCGCCCACAACCCCACGGGCCACCACCCUGCCUCCUGCUGCAGCCACAGCAGUGACUCGGGCCACCUCUCGGGUGGUGACGGUAACUGCAAGACCUACAACCCCCACGGGCUUUCCGAUCACCCAGAGGCCCUGGACCCCCCGGGUGCACCCUUCCUCGGAGCCUCACAGGGCCUCCGCAACAGCCGAGGUGGCCACUGCCAGGGGGUCCGUGGCCUCCAAGAACCUCUACCCUCCACCCAGGAAGGAGCAGCCCAGGGAGAGGCCGCAGACCGCCCGGAGGCCCAGCAAGGCCACCAGCUUCGAGCGCUUCACGGCUGCCCCUCCCACCACCGUCUCCGAGCCCCGCACCAGGGCUGGCGCCGGCCGUUUCCAGGACAACCGCACGGACAGGUGGGAGCACGGGCCCCGGGACCCAAAUGUGGGGCCGGGUGCUCACAAGCCAGCGAAGGGGAAACCUCCCCAAAAGAAAGCCCGGGACAAAAUCCUUAGCAAUGAGUACGAGGGCAAGUAUGACCUCAGCCGGCCGACCGCCUCUCAGCUGGAGGAGGAGCUGCAGGUGGGGAAUGUUGCCCCCAAAAAAGCGAAGGAGUCUAAAAAGCACGAAAAGCUUGAGAAACCCGAGAAGGAGAAGAAAAAGAGGGUGAAGAGUGAGAAAGCAGACAAGUUACUCAAGAGUGAAAAGCAAGUGAAGAAGGACAAGGCUGAGAAAAAGAGCAGGCAGGAGAAAGAGAAGAACAAGAAGAAGAAGGCGGGGAGAACGGAGCAGGACGGGCACCUGAAACCCACAAAACACUUCACUCAGAGUCCCAGGAAGUCGGUGACCGACCUGCUGGGGCCCUUGGAAGGCAAACGAAGGCUCCUUCUGAUCACCGCUCCCAAGGCCGAGAACAAUAUGUAUGUGCAGCAGCGAGAUGAGUAUCUGGAAAGUUUCUGCAAGAUGGCCACCAGGAAAGUGUCCGUGAUCACCAUCUUUGGCCCUGUCAACAACAGCACCAUGAAAAUCGACCACUUCCAGCUAGAUAAUGAGAAACCUAUGCGUGUUGUGGAUGAUGAGGACUUGGUAGACCAGCAUCUUAUCAGCGAGCUGAGGAAGGAGUAUGGAAUGACCUACAAUGACUUCUUCAUGGUGCUCACUGAUGUGGACAUGAGAGUCAAGCAAUAUUAUGAGGUGCCUAUAGCAAUGAAGUCUGUGUUCGAUGUGAUUGAUACCUUCCAGUCCCGAAUCAAAGACAUGGAAAAGCAGAAGAAGGAGGGCAUUGUUUGCAAGGAAGACAAGAAACAGUCACUGGAGAACUUCCUAUCCAGGUUCCGAUGGAGGAGGCGGCUGCUAGUGAUCUCAGCGCCUAAUGAUGAAGACUGGGCCUAUUCACAGCAGCUCUCUGCCCUCAGUGGUCAGGCAUGCAAUUUUGGUCUGCGCCACAUAACUGUUCUGAAGCUUUUAGGUGUUGGAGAGGAAGUAGGGGGAGUUUUAGAACUGUUCCCGAUUAAUGGGAGCUCUGUUGUGGAGCGAGAAGACGUACCAGCCCAUUUGGUGAAAGACAUACGUAACUAUUUUCAAGUGAGCCCAGAGUACUUCUCCAUGCUUCUAGUUGGAAAAGAUGGAAAUGUGAAAUCCUGGUAUCCUUCCCCAAUGUGGUCCAUGGUGAUUGUGUAUGAUUUAAUUGAUUCGAUGCAACUCCGGAGACAGGAAAUGGCUAUUCAGCAGUCACUGGGGAUGCGCUGCCCAGAAGAUGAGUAUGCAGGCUAUGGUUACCAUAGUUACCAUCAAGGAUACCAGGAUGGUUACCAGGAUGACUACCGUCAUCAUGAGAGUUACCACCAUGGAUACCCUUACUGAACAGAAAUAUGUAACCUUGGGCUUCCCUAGUGGUGCAGUCGUUGAGAGUCCGCCUGCCAAUGCAGGGGACACGGGUUCGAGCCCUGGUCUGGGAAGAUCCCACAUGCCGCGGAGCAACUGGGCCCGUGAGCCACAACUACUGAGCCUGCGCGUCUGGAGCCUGUGCUCCGCAACAAGAGAGGCCGCGAUGGUGAGAGGCCCGUGCACCGCGAUGAAGAGUGGCCCCCGCUUGCCUCAACUAGAGAAAGCCCUCGGACAGAAACGAAGACCCAACACAGCCAUAAAUAAAUAAAUUUAUAAAAAAAAAAAAAAAAAAAAAAAAAAAAAAAAAAAAAAAAGAAAUAUGUAACCUUAGCCCCAGCCAGUUUCCCCUGCAGCUGUUGAAGCCACAUGUGGCCAGCUAUGUAAAGGAGAGUUCUUCCACACUGCCUACAUUCCCUGCCUUUUUCUUUCAGUGUUCUUCCAAGAUUAAAUAAAUAGCAAACUUUUGCCUUCU